AUGGGGGGCCUUGAGAUGGAUUUCGAACAGCAACUCAGCGGCGAAGUGCUGGAAUUGCAAAGGUAUUUGGAGAUGCGAUUUGAUUUUCAAGACCACAUCCUACAAGACCUGCAGAAGAAACUGCGGGAGGUGCAUGACCAGCAGCGUAUGAACGAACCCCUUGGUGGUCUUCCUUUGGUACGUCCACUGAAUCGGACCACCACGAACACCAUGGGCUCACUGGACACCAUGGAGCAGCUGGACUUUUCCUUCACACUGGGUGGCGAAGGCCGCGAAGGCCGUGAAGGCCGCGAGAAGGAAAUGGCGCUGCCUGCUCGAACCGGCGUGUUCACACCUGAAGGCUCCGAGCGCGAGGACUAUAGCCCAGCUUCCUCGGUGUCCGGCGCUCACCGCGUCAGCCGGGUGUCCCUCACCGACACCGACCUGCAGCGCCGCAGCCGCGCCGAGCGGCAAAGCCAACGCUUGGAGCGGAUGCGCCGGGGUUCGUCUCGAGUGUCCUUUGUGCGGGCGCAGAUGAUCCCCCAGCACUUGAAGGCACAGGAAGCAGCCUCGCGGUUGACCUACGCAAGGACAGGGGUGCGACACACCAUCAUGACACAGCCUGUGACUUGGCGGGGGAAGCUGCGGAGAGUCGUGUAUUCGAACCACUUUAACAACGUCAUCAUGGCCCUCAUCGUGGGCAAUGCGGCCCUAUUGGGCAUUGAGAUCGAUGUUUCUGCACGCGUGGGCCAGGACGAUAUCCCCGUGUGGUUCGGCGCUUUGAAUACGGUGGCGGUGUGCGUUUUCGUGUGCGAGAGCAUCCUGAAGUUGGUGGCUGUUGGUUGCCAUGAGUUUUGGAGAGGUGAGGACUGCGUAUGGAAUAUCUUUGACUUUGUGAUCGUCUCCAUCUCUGUGGCAGAGACUUUGGUGGACUACAUGGCGGCCACGAUUUCGGCCGCGGAUGGCUCCAACUCCUUCCGCGUCAUGCGGGCGCUGCGCCUGGCGCGGACGCUGCGGGGGGUGCGAAUCAUCCGCGUUUUCAGAUAUUUCAGCGCUUUGCGAGGCUUAAUCCUCUCUAUCUUUAGCACUUUGGGAUCUUUGCUGUGGACGUUGCUGUUGCUGCUCAUCGUGUUCUAUGUCUUCUCCUGUAUUUUUACACAGCUUGUGACGGACUAUUGCCGUUUUGAGACCAUCGAAAAGGAAAGCGACCCCAACGCGGUUCCAGUGUGCCCACCCUUACUACAAGAAUAUUGGUCCAGCAUCCUCAACAGUAUGAUGACACUCUUUUUCUCAAUCACUGGCGGCGUCAAUUGGUACGAUGUGUAUGUACCCUUGAGGGACGUCUCGCAACUUGCGAUUGGCCUGAUGAAUCUUUACAUUGUGAUUGGUUUCUUCACGAUAUUGAAUGUCGUUACUGGCGUGUUCGUCAAUACCGCCAUCGAGAGUGCCAGUGCAGACAAGGAUAUCGCGACCUUGAAGCAGAUGCACAAGAGGGUCGCACAAAUGGAGUCCUUGCGUCAAAUCUUCUACGAGAUUGACGAGAGCAAUGCCAACCAAGUCAGCAUCGAUGAGCUUGAGGAGGCUCUUUCAGAAAACAAACUUGGCACCUUCAUGGAAUCAUUGGGCAUCUCCACGGAUGAUGUGUGGAGCCUUUUUGUUUUGAUCGAUGCGGAUGACAACGGCAUUGUCGAUCUGGAGGAAUUUGUCAAUGGCUGCAUGCAAUUACAUGGCCCUGCCAAGAGUUUGCAGGUGGCCAAGAUGAGCUAUGAGAAUAAACUCACACGACAAGCGAUCAAACUCUUGAGCGAAAAUAUCAAGGAGGUCAAGGCCAUGAUCGGCCUCGCGCUGAAGUACCGCCUGGUACCUGCCAUGGAGUGCGAUGAAGGGCUGCAACUGGAGAAGGUCGAUCUCAGCGGUGAAUUGGGCACGCUGAAGCUGUACUUGGACAUGCAAUUUGAGAAGCAAUCAGCUUUGAUCGGCAUGGUCCUAGCGCAAGGACGGGGCACUUCCACUUCUCUUCAAAGCCCUCCCAGUUCGCCCAGCCCAGCCCCGAACCCAUCGAGCCCGCUGAAUUUCAAGCUACGAGAACAGCUCAGUGGUGUUUCCAGUGGGCAGAUGGGAAGCGAAGAUGGGAACCGCUUACACCUACAAUUGCCUCAGACACAAACUCGAGAACUGGAAGAUCAGCUGCACAUGAAGCAGGGUGAAUUGAUGCGAUCUUCAAGCCGUUUGAGGAACAGUUCCCGGACCUCCUUUGUGCGAAAUGCCCAGCUUGACCGCCACAUGAAAGCGCAAGCACAGGCCUUGCGGAUUGCAACUGCCCGGGCAAACACCAUGAGAGCCACUAAGCAGGUGGAGAUGACCAAGACCAGCUGCAGACACUUUGCAGAGAGAGUCGUGACAUCGACCAUUUUCGUCAACAUCAUUAUGGCAGUGAUUCUCUUCAACUCCAUCCUUUUGGGAGUGGAGAUCGAUGCGUCCUCCAAAUUGGGCCAAGAGGAUAUCCCCAGCUGGUUUGCCGUGGUGAACGCCUGCGUUGUUGCUCUGUUUCUGGGUGAAAUGUUGCUGAAGAUCUAUGGCCUUGGCUGUGGUAGAUUCUGGAAAGGCGAGGAGGCUGUGUGGAACAUCUUUGACUUCUCGAUCGUCUCGUUCUCGGUGGCGGAGACGGCCUUGGACUGGUGGGUGCAGACCAUGGACACCUCCGCAGAUGGCGGCAAUUCCUUCCGUGUGGUCAAGACCUUGCGCCUGGCGCGCACCCUCCGCGGGGUUCGUGUCAUCAGACUCUUCCGCUACUUCAGUGCUUUGAGGGCUUUGAUCCUCUCCAUCUUCAGCACCAUGGGAUCUUUGCUAUGGACUUUGCUGCUGCUGCUGAUUUUGUUCUAUACCUUCAGCUGUAUGUUCACACAGUUGGUGACAGACCACUGCCGCUACACGACCAUUGCCAAUACGAUCAAUACGACAUCCAACACGACAACCCCCAAUGCCAUACCCAAGUGCCCGGAGGAGUUGCAUCAUUUCUCCAAUGUCAUGGACGGUAUGCUGACGCUGUUCAUGUCCAUCACUGGUGGCAUAGAUUGGCAAAUUGCCUAUGAGCCCCUGCGGGAAGUCUCAUGGGUGGCGCAGUCGCUCAUGAACUUGUACAUUGUGAUCGGGUUCUUCACAAUACUCAACGUUGUAACGGGUGUGUUUGUGAACACUGCCAUUGAAAGUGCCAGUGCGGACAAGGACAUUGCCACCCUCAAGCAGAUGCACAAACGCCUGGAGAACAUCACAUCUUUACAAGAGGCCUUCCAUGAGAUGGACCAGGGAGAAUCGAAUGAAGUGAGCAUUGAUGAGCUGCAGGCCCUUGCGACCAACAAGUUGGGACCCUUCAUGGAGUCCUUGGGCAUUGACACCGAGGACAUUUGGGGCCUCUUCUUGUUGAUCGAUGCAGACCACAACGGGGCAGUAGAUAUCGACGAGUUUGUGCAUGGAUGCAUGCAACUGCGGGGCCCGGCGAAGAGCCUCCAAGUGGCCAAGAUGAGUUAUGAAAACAAGCUGACCCGACAGGCCAUCCAAAGCAUCUCCGAGCGCCUCCAGAGGAUUGACUUCGCUCUUCGGCAAAAGCCGGAGCGUGCCGGUGACCGAGCGGCCCGGCUGCAGCUGGAGAGGAUCGAUCUGAGCGGAGAACUGGGGACCUUGAAGCUGCAACUUGUCCGCACGAGGUACUUGGACAUGCAAUUUGAGAAGCAGUCAGCUUUGAUCGGCUUGCUGCUAGCUCAAGGGCGCAGUACUUCAAUCACUUCCCCCUCUCUCCUGAGCCCCACCUCAGCAAAGCCGUUCGCGUUCAAGCUGCGAGAGCAAGUCAGCACCUUUUCCAGUGGUCAGGUGGACAGCGAAGGUGCUGAAAGCCACAUGCAGCUGCCGUUGCCCCAGACCCACACUCGGGAUUUAGAGGAGCAGCUGCACAUGAAGCAGGGCGAAUUGAUGCGAUCUUCAAGCGGUUUGAGGGAUAGCUCCCGGACCUCUUUUGUGCGGCACGCGCAGCUCGACCGGCAUUUGAAAGCGCAAGCCCAAGCCACGCGGAUCGCGCAUGCGAGGGCCAACACCCUGAGAGUCACCAAGCAGGUGGAGUUGGAGAAAACCAGCUUGAGAGACUUCGCUGAAAGAGUGGUGACAUCGACCGUUUUCGUCAACAUCAUUAUGGCAGUGAUUCUCUUCAAUUCCAUCCUUUUGGGAGUGGAGAUUGAUGUAUCCUCCAGGUUGGGUCAAGAGGAUAUCCCUGGCUGGUUUGCUGUGGUGAAUGCGUGUAUUGUGGCCGUGUUCCUGGGUGAGACGUUGCUGAAGAUCUAUGGCCUUGGCUGUGGUAGAUUCUGGAAGGGCGAAGAGGCGGUCUGGAAUAUUUUUGACUUCUUCAUUGUCUCGUUCUCGGUGGUGGAGACAGCCCUGGACUGGUGGGUGCAGACGAUGGCAACCUCUGCAGAUGGCAGCAAUUCCUUCCGCGUGGUCAAGACCUUGCGCCUGGCGCGCACCCUCCGUGGGGUUCGCAUCAUUCGGCUUUUCCGCUAUUUCAGCGCUUUGAGGGGUUUGAUCCUCUCCAUCUUCAGCACCAUGGGGUCUUUGCUGUGGACUUUGUUACUGCUGCUGAUUUUGUUCUACACCUUCAGCUGUAUGUUUACACAGUUGGUGACAGACCACUGCCGCUACACAACCAUUGCCAAUACAACAUCCAACACGACCAACCACAAUGCCAUACCCGAAUGCCCAGAGGAGUUGCAUUAUUUCUCCAAUGUCAUGGACGGCAUGGUGACACUCUUCAUGUCCAUCACUGGUGGGAUCAACUGGGAGGAUGCAUAUGACCCCUUGCGGGAAGUCUCAUGGGUGGCACAGUGGCUUAUGAACUUGUACAUUGUCAUCGGGUUUUUCACCAUACUCAACGUUGUAACGGGUGUGUUUGUGAACACUGCCAUUGAGAGUGCCAGUGCGGACAAAGAUAUCGCCACCCUCAAGCAGAUGCAUAAACGCCUGGAGAACAUAGCUUCUCUACGAGAGGUCUUCCAUGAGAUGGAUCAGGCAGAGACGAACGAAAUUAGCAUCGACGAGCUGGAGGAGGCUUUAUCGGAAAACAAGCUUGGACCCUUCAUGGAGUCUUUAGGCAUUGACACCGAGGACAUUUGGGGACUCUUCUUGUUGAUCGAUGCAGACCACAACGGGGUAGUAGAUAUCGAUGAGUUUGUCAAUGGAUGCAUGCAACUGCGGGGCCCAGCGAAGAGCCUUCAAGUGGCCAAGAUGAGCUAUGAAAACAAGUUGACUCGUCAAGCGAUCAAGACGAUCUCCGAACGAUUGGGUGAGAUCCAGCAGCUGCUGAGGCUAGACGCGUCCGUGACACGUCCUUCACGACGGGUGGUCCAAACCGCAUUGUGA